AUGGCUUCCUACCCAAUCACCCUUCCCUCGAGCCCCGGAAACCCGCUCGCUACUCUUACCCAUCCCGAUAGUGAAAUAUGGGAGCUUGAACUGCAUCAUGGCCAAGACAACCGCAUUACCCCGGAGUUUGUGGAUGUGUUGGGGAAGGCCUUGGAUCUUGUCGAGAAAGAUUGGAGAUCUGGAACUACAGAGGAUGGUGCACCGGGUGCUCUGGUAAUCGUUGGAAAGAAAUCCCAGAACAAGUUCUUCUCAAAUGGGCUUGACUUUGUGAAUACGUCAAAGGACAGGGGCUUCUUUCCUGUCAUCUUCAACCCACUCCUUAGGAGGCUUUUGACUUUUCCUGUGCCUGUCGUCGCCGCUAUAAAUGGCCACGCAUUCGCAGCUGGCUUUCUCCUUGCCUUAUGCGCCGACUAUCGAGUCAUGACCUGCGGAAAAGCAUGGUGCUCGAUGAAUGAAUUAACAUUCGGUGCCCCGCUCCCGACAUCCAUGGCUGCCAUACUAAAGUUUCGUCACCCCACUUCAGAAGCUCUCCGGAAGACGUGUCUCGAAGCCCAUAGAUGGACACCCGCCGAGAUACUCGCAAUCGGAAUGGUGGAUCAGCUCUCGGAAGAGCCCAACACUCAGAGCGUCCUCAAAGCGGCUCACGCAUUAGCCAAACAAAGGGCACCACUAGCUAAGACGGGUGUAUGGGGCCUCAUCAAACGAGACUUGGCGAGAGAUGUGUUGCUCGCGGCUUCCCUAGAUGAGAGAGGCAUCACGCCGGUGGAGGAGGCAAAAGCGGCGAGGGCGAAAUUCAAACUUUGA